AUGUACAAACCGAAUUCCUUGUGGACGUGGUCCUUCGCCAUCGUCACGCUAGUCCAGACAGUCAUCACCCUUGCACUGCAAUGCUACAUCUUCGCAAACUUCCAGAUCCAACUUAAACCCCAAGCCGAACUCGUGACCUCCUCCAAAACAAUCCCGACUUUCCUUGCGCUAUACAGUUUCGGAUUCCUCUAUGAGCUGUUCAUCGUGUACGAUGCUCUACGCCUCAAAAACACUAUUCAAGUUAUUGGACUGUGUCUAUGCAAUGUCGGGCUGUUGGUUUACGGCGCAGUCCAAGUACAGCAGAUCAAGGAAGCCGUGACAGUCCUAACGGAUAACAAUGCCGUCAACCCCGACAUCUGGGCCGAAACGCAGCCCUUCUUGAUCAUUAUUCCGAUUGUUGUGGCCAUGGGUAGUGUGCUGAUGAUGAUUGUCGCCUGGAAGCUUUACGAUGAAUUUGCAUGGUCCAUCUAUAAGCACAUCAGCGCUGAUUUGCGCAUGAAGCGUCGUUAUCUGACGUAUCAGAUUUACAUUGCGCUGCUCAAGUUCGAUCUUUUCUUCUUCCUUGGUUUCACCAUCCAAUUCCUGGUUAUCGUUACGAACCGAAAAGAUACCGAGUUCGCUCUUACAAUCGCCGCUAUACCGGUUACAAUCUUGAUUCUCCUCUGUGCGGCAUUUUUCGUGCGGCGUGAGAGUUCUAUUGGAAUGAUCGCCAUUAUCCUUCUCUAUUUUGCAGCCAUGGCAUACUUCCUGUUCAAGCUGGUCCGUAUGUACCAGCCAGCAACCGCAAACGAAUAUUCAACUGCCCGGCGGUCUUUGACUUUCUUCGCCAUCAUUACGCUGAUAUUGAUCGUGAUGACCAUCAUUAACGCUUGUGUAUGCAUGCACAACUUCCACAAGGGUUUGAAACCCCACAUCAACAAGAAAAAGAAGGGCAAGAAUGGGGAGAAGGGCUCUACCGAGUUGUCCAACGUCGCCGGACAGGUGCCCGGCCGGAUGAUGAUCGAUUAA